UCCUCUUGCAUAAUACAUACUUGACAAAAAACGUUUAAAUUUCAAAAUAAUUCUCAACAAAUUUAUAGCCGUCCGAUCAGAGACCAGACAAGAUCAAUGGCUGACGUAUCGACCAUGGAGCGGAAGAUCCUCGUGGCCGUCGAUGAAGGUGAGGAGAGUGCGUACGCGCUCUCGUGGUGCCUCAAGAACGUGAUCACUGUUAAUUCCAAAGAUACCCUUAUCUUACUCUACGUCAAGCCCCCACGGACCGUUUAUACGGCUCUAGAUGGCACAGGUGAGGAGGAGGAGGGCCCUUCAGGGUAUUUGUUUUCAACUGAUAUCAUGGCUGCUAUGACCAAAUACGGUAAUGACGUGGCGGACUGCGUGAUCGAGAAAGCUAAGAGAACGUGCAGAGAUCUUCAGGAUGUUAAGGUGGAGUCGAGAAUAGAGAGCGGUGAUCCUAGGGAUGUGAUUUGCCAGGUGGUGGAGAAUAUUGGUGCUGACGUGUUUGUCAUGGGAAGCCAUGGUUAUGGUCUCCUUAAAAGGGCUUUUCUUGGUAGUGUGAGCAACCACUGUGCUCAGAAUGUGAAAUGUCCAGUCUUGAUAGUGAAGAAGCCCAAAACAAAUGCUGAGAACAAAUGAUACAUAUAUAUUUCUUCUUCUCUCUUUUCGGUGAAAGUUUGUUAGUCUUUCUUUUUUUAUUACUUGGAGUAAUUUAGAAAUUCUGUACUAUUUUUUUUGGUUUGCAUUUUCACUUGUUUGUGUGUACAUAUCAUGAGAAAGAGUUUUUCUUUGAAAAUAAUAAUAAAAGUGGAAAUAUCCUUUUUGA